CUCAACAGCCUUGUAACUGGAUCUGAAGUGACUUUUUAUCUGCAGCACUUUCAGGGUCUCCUACCUCACAGCCAGGUGUUUCUAAAACCAAACAACAGGGAAACCAAAGGGAAGCCGGGAGAGAAGGAAGGGAAGGAUGCGCAGGUGAACAGAAAAGACUGAGCAGAUGUGCUGAAGAAUCCAGUUGCCACAGCUUCUAGUCAGCGACUGUGUUCUCAGGGCAGAUGAUUGAGACCCGCUUAGGAAAGGGGUGGGGAGAGAGAAAGAGAGAUGAGAAAGGGGAAGAAAAGGGGGAGGAGGAUGUGAGACUGGCUUAGAGAAAUGAAAGAAAGCAAGCCCUGUUGGCAACACUUAGCACAUUCUUCCUGAGCACAGCACGUCCUCCUUGUGCAAGAACCCCCAGAGCCCCAGGUGCUGAAGGCUGAGGGCUGCAGAGGAACUGCAGAGAGACCCAGCAAGCCAUGGUGUUUCUAUGGAGAUGUCCGAGUACUCAAUGGGGCUCAUGGAGCAUCCUCAAGCUGUGGGUCUGGACAGUGCUCUGCUGCGAUUUCCUGGCAUACCGUGGAACUCACUGUUGGACUUACCACUAUUCUGAAAAAUCCAUGAACUGGGAAAAUGCUAGAAAGUUCUGCAAGGAAAAUUACACAGAUUUAGUGGCCAUACAAAAUAAGAGAGAAAUUGAGUACUUGGAGAAGACCUUGCCCAAAAACCCUACUUACUACUGGAUAGGAAUCCGGAAAAUUGGAAAAACAUGGACAUGGGUAGGAACCAACAAGCCUCUGACUAAAGAAGCAGAGAACUGGGGAGCUGGGGAGCCCAACAACAAGAAGUCCAAAGAGGACUGCGUAGAGAUCUAUAUCAAGAGGGAAAAAGACUCUGGGAAAUGGAAUGAUGACGCCUGCCACAAACGAAAGGCAGCUCUCUGCUACACAGCCUCUUGCCAGUCAGGGUCUUGCAGCGGCCAUGGAGAAUGUGUGGAAACCAUCAACAAUUACACCUGCAGCUGUGAUGAGGGGUUUUAUGGCCCCCAGUGUCAGCAUGUGGUUCAGUGUGAGCCUUUGACGGCCCCAGAACUGGGUGCUAUGGACUGCACUCACCCCUUGGGAGACUUCAGCUUCCACUCACAGUGUGCUUUCAACUGUUCUGAGGGAUCAGAGUUACUUGGGAUUGGAGAAACACACUGUGGACCAUAUGGAAACUGGUCAUCUCUAGAGCCAGUCUGUCAAGUGACUCCGUGCCAGCCUCUCACAGCCCCUGAUCUGGGAGCGAUUGAAUGCAGCCAUCCCCUGGCCAACUUCAGCUUCGCUUCUGCUUGCACCUUCUCCUGCUCCGAAGAAACUGACUUAAUUGGGGAGAGAGUAACUGUCUGCGGGUCAGCUGGUGUCUGGUCCAGUCCUCGUCCAAUAUGUCAAAUGACAGACAGAAGUUUCUCAAAGAUCAAGGAAGGCGAUUACAACCCCCUCUUCAUUCCAGUGGCUGUCAUGGUUACCGCAUUCUCGGGGCUGGCAUUUAUCAUUUGGCUGGCAAGGAGGUUAAAAAAAGGCAAGAAAUCUCAGAAAAGGGUGGAUGAUCCAUACUAACUCAUCCUCUGUGAAAAGAAAAGUCAUGAGGUACUAAAAAACCACUGGGAAACAACUUCAAAUCCUCCCUCAAAGAUUUUGCUCACAGGCAUCUCCCACACUGAAGAUGACAUGUUUGCUUCAGUGUCUCUGGAAGGAUGUCUACAUGACCAGCAGUUCCUCUAACCUCCUCCCUACCUCCUCAGCCCCUAACCCUAGCCCAUAAUUUGUGUUUAUGUAGCUCAGUAUUUUAUUAUCUUUUCUGUGGAGGAACAAAUAAGACUACUGAGGAAAAGGAUUGCUGUGGAAUAUAAAGAUGUCUGAUUUUCUCUUUCCUAACUCUCGUUUCCUACAUCAGUUCAGUACUGGACCCGAUGCCAAGCACAGUGAAAAUUUGAUACAUGUGUAACUGGAAACUCAUACUGCUUGCACAUAGUUCAUAAACUAUGAUAAAGUUCAUUUAAAAAAAGCUUUGCUUUCCACCUCCAAAGAAUGGUGUUCUAUCCAAGUUGGAAAAGUCUCCUUUGCACUGUAGCUCCGCUUUCUGUGAGCAGAAGCCACUAUGGUAGUUCACAUCACCUUCCCUAUCGCCCUUGCUUAGGUGGCUAACUUCCGCACACAGCGUUUCACAGCCACUGAACAAAUAAGAGAAAAUCGUCUGCACUGACUUUUAGUUUUGAGUUUUCCCUUCUCUUUAUUAGACGUCACUAGCUUCCUUUAGAUCAGUGUUCUGACUGUCACUGACUGUUAAUAAUGACACAAUCCACUGUCCUGGAGCUGCAGGUAAUACAUCUUUGAUAUUAGGAAGAUGAGAUAAAACAGGUAGAAAGAUUCCUGGGCUCAGGCUGGAAUGACAUCUUCUUUCCCUUUCCCCAAUAUCUCCUACUCAGAUACAUGAAUUCUACUCUCUAAGUUUCAGAGAGCUAUCCCCCAACCCUUGCCAUCUCUUUUAUAACUAGCUCUUUAACUUGCCCAACCCAUAGGCUAUCUCAUUUUUCGACUUCACUCUGCAAAUCUGUAACAGGAUUCAUUUAAAUACAGCAGAAUUUUUUAAACUGUUUGUCUGUUGUUUGUAUAUGAGAACAUAUGCUGGUUUUUUCCUAGAUGAGAUUGUACCUUUCUUGAGGGAAGAGAUUGUGCCAGAUCUCUGGAGUUCCUAGUUUGUUGCUUGACACUUGGUAAAUUGUUGGAACACAGUCCAUGAAGAAAGCUGUGUGAGGAGAUUUCUGAGAGCUUGUGAGAAAACUCCAAGUAAACAAGACAAGAGACCUGGAACCUCUGCUCCUGCAUAACUGGAUUUGUUCUUGAAAUAUGCUCUCACCCUUGCCGGUGUGAACAGGAGUGGGUUUUCUUCGGAUUACCCAUCAAUUUGCCAUUAUUCUUCGGAUGAUGUUUCCAAGCGCAGGUUGUCCUCUUGACUGUAUAUAACUUGAACUAACGUGUCCUUGCUGUCAUGACUAUGUAAGACAAAACUCACAUGACCUUGCCUAAACUCAUAUGACCUUGCCCUCAUGACUGUAUACUGCCUGAAUUCUCAAACUUUCCUCAUGUAACUUUGUCUAACCCUCAAGAUACAUAUUUUCUGAUGCCCUGAAUAAAGAUGACUUUU